CGCCUAUCGACCCGACACAAAAUGAUUGAAUCUCAAAAACCCACCCAAAACCCACACACUGUCCUCUGCAUUUUCUGAUUCUCUCCGGAGGGACUGACGUUAGAGGCCACUGCUCCAGUAUCUCCGCAAAGGCGCAAACAUUCAUCACUAUUCACUGCUGAUCAUCUGAAGAAAAUCUGGACAAUCUGGGAAGGUUUACACUGUGAUGAACUGCUUGUCGCAAGUUUCUUCGUAUACCGCGGCUAUAUUUAGGAGGACCAGUCAUUUCGUGCCGAGGAGUUCUUUGUAUGGAUGUGGUGCUACUUUCUCAGGAGGACAAAGAAAACAUAUUGGUGUUAAGGCUAUCAGUUUAGAACUUGUGCUGACGAGGCUUUGUGUUCAGUGCUAUUCGUCUAAAAGGGGCACCAAGAGUGCAUCAUCGCGUACACGGAAGUUGGAUUCUGAGCCGGUGAUGGAACAAGAGAAGGAUGCAUUCUUCGUUGUGCGGAAAGGGGAUAUUGUUGGUAUUUAUAAGAAUUUGACUGAUUGCCAGGCUCAAGUUGGAUCUUCAAUAUGUGAUCCUCCUGUUAGUGUCUAUAAAGGAAACUCUUUGCCUAAGGACACUGAGGAAUAUCUUCUCUCCCGUGGGCUUAAGAAUGCUGUCUACACUAUUAGAGCUGCAGACUUGAAAGAAGAUCUUUUCGGCACACUUAUGCCUUGCCCUUUUCAAGAUCCAGCUUCUUUUAGAGGUGAAACAAUUAGCAAGGAUGCUUCUAAAAAAAGAUCACAGGCAGCCCUUGGAUUGGAAAUUGCGGAAGUAAGCGGUUCUGCAUCUAUUUCAACUGAUCCCUCUGCGAAGCAUCUCAAGCUAGAUCAUUCUGCUCUGGCUUUUGCACCAUCCACUGCUUCUCGAACUUGUAUUCUUGAGUUUGAUGGUGCAUCAAAAGGGAAUCCAGGACAAGCUGGUGCAGGAGCUGUGUUGCGAACUGACGAUGGCAGUUUGAUUGGUAGAGUGCGGGAAGGUUUGGGCAUAGCAACCAAUAAUGUUGCUGAAUAUCGAGCUAUGAUUUUAGGGAUGAGAUAUGCUCUUAAAAGGGGUUUUACUAGCAUCCGUGUCCAAGGAGACUCCAAGCUCGUCUGUAUGCAGGUUCAGGGUUUGUGGAAAGUCAAAAACCAGAACAUGUCUGACUUGUUUGAGGAGGCCAAAAAACUGAAGGAUCAAUUUCUUUCCUUCCAGAUAAAUCAUGUCUUAAGGGAACUAAACUCUGAGGCUGAUGCUCAAGCAAACUUGGCAGUCAAUCUUGCUGAUGGUCAAAUCCAGGUGGAUAUGGAGAAGUAAUCAAUUUAGGGUUACCUGAAUUAUGACAAUCAAACCCUGAAGAGUGGGAUUUCUGUCUAAAACUCACUGCCACGAUGAGCCAUGGGAGUUGCUGGUUUACAAGCACAUAGAUGAUUGGGCAUCAUGUCAAGAAGCAUUAGCAUGAUCUCUGUAUCUUAACCAAAUUUGGAGUAUUUAUUAAUGUCAUAGCAAGAG